CAAUCUGAAGAGCAACUCAAUAACAAUUUAUAAGAACCUUAUUGUAGCGGUUUUCGUUUCGGAGCGGACGUUCCUCUUGGGAAUCAACAGAACGGCAGAUCAGAUUGGGUCAAAUACAAAGCUAACUUAUGUUUACAGUAGGGUGAUUAAGUAUUAUCAAUUGAGUUGAUAAAGUAAAUUGGCCACCGCAAAUAGUUUCAAAGCUAGCUUUGAAAAAUGACAGCGUUCACUCAAUGGUUACUUUUACGCAAGUAAACGUCUACCUCAACUAUGGCCAAUUUUUUUUUUAACGCAUGUUCACUAGCGCAAAAACGCAAAAUUGGAAAUCUAGCUUUAGCUUUCUUUAAAACAUAUUAGUUUGGCUUCUGAUCUUACGACGUUGCUUUUAUUUUUGUUUCAUUGCAGAGAUUGUGUCAGUUGAUCGCCAUAGUGCUGCAUUAUUUCUUCAGCGCCUCUUUCUCGUGGAUGUUCGUCGAAGGUCUGCACAUGUAUCGCAAGCUCAGGGAAAAGAGGAAUAUAGACACUGGGAAAUUGUCCUUCUAUUUCUUCAUGGGGUGGGGUAAGUGGUACGAAUGUUGUCCAACAGGGAAUGUAUGGUAUCAAUCCUUUGAAGUGACUAACCCUUAAAUUCUCCCUCUAACAUCCAUACAUUAUCCAGCAAACAGGAAGUGAGAAUACCCAAAUUAUAAGGUAGAGCUUGUUAUCUUGAUCCAACACCAAAUAAUUGGGACUUAUUUACAAGGAAAUGUAAUGCAACUGGAGGGGAGAAUUAACAAUUACAUCGUGGGAGUAAAUAGGUUAAAUUUCGUGAGUUGUAAGCAGGCAUUUUUCGUAAAAAAAAAAACCGGAGGAGGGGGGAUGGAAGAGGAAUGACUGAUACAAGAUGCCUACCAAAAGUUACAUUUUUAAAAUAUUCGCUCGCCAUCGCCUAUUUGAAGAUAAGUUUGCUUUUGAAAAUUAAUGCUUUCAAAUAAUAAUUAUAAAACAUAUCAUAAAACACGGAUUUCUGUGCAACGAGUGUGGUUUUUUUUUGUCUCAGGAUGUCCCGCUAUUGUGGUCGGAGUUUCCGCUGCCUUAGCGAACGAGGGCUACGGAAACCAGAGAUUGUAAGUAAACUUACGAGUAUGGUCGCUGUAGAACUUUUUACUAGUCUCCGUAAACAGUUUGUUUGUACUUUUAACAUUCUUAGACCAAGCAAUAGAUAGUGACAGUUCCCACUAAUUUCGCGACAUUUGACCUUUUUUUAUUACUUUUCAGCUGCUGAAUGUCGACAAAUGGAACACUUAUCUGGACCUUUACUAUUCCGAUCAUCAUCAUUGUCGCGGUAAGUAGCUUCACGAAUGAUCCCACUCCUGACAAUACAUGUCAAUAUUAACGGCAAACCAAGAGGUAAAUCUCUUGUGGUAAAGUGAUUAUCAAUUGAAUUAAAAAUCUUUCUAAAAACAUCCAGUGACAUCUCUAGGAAGCUGGUCUCAUUCCCGUACUCCUUACAACAUCAUCACGAUAUGAAGCAGGGCGGUGAUGAGAAAAAAAGAAAAAGUAUAUCAACUAGGCGAUUAUUACUCGAUCCAAUACCAAAUUCUCCGAACUAACAUCAUUAGAAUUGUCUUACAAAUGAGAAGGGUUAAUGUCAACCGUCCACUUUUCACUCGUUCUUCCUCAUUUAGUUUUCCCAUCCUCCUCUCUACUUAUAAUGUCGUUGCAGAUACUGUGUUGAUGAACGGUGGGCCCGUUUUAUUUAUAUUUCGUUUUGUGACUUGGUGUUUGCCUCAGUGGCAUUCUUUUGCGCAGUUGACAUGCAUGUUGCUGUGGCAAACAAAACAAACAACUACAUAGAGAUGACGGUCUGAAAUUGUUCAUAUUUAUACACAAAUUUUGUAUUUGUGGAAUGGUGCAGUAUUAUUACACUGAUUGAUUUAGUAUGUCAUGUUGUUCAUUGGUUUUCUUUUUAUCAUCUUAGCUCAACACACUCGUCUUUAUCAUGGCGCUGUUCACUUCACUUCAAAAAAAAUCAAGGAAGAGACGUCACCGGCAGCACCACCAUCACCACGACGACGAACAAUCUAACUUGACGUAAGAUAGCACUUUUGACUGAUACAUGAGCGUGUCAAUCGUCUCUUGCUAAAACUUGGUUUUCACGAGCGACGCAAGCAUAAACACAAGCUUAACAGCUCAGAGAAGCAAGCAAGAAUAUAGCGCAAGGAUCAAAAUUUGUCCUUUUUCUUGCGCUACUCUUUGUGCUCGUCGACGUUCGUUUUCAAUUGGCAUACUUACCUGAUGCUCGCGUUUGUGCUUGCGCUUGUGUUUGCGUCGCUGGGGAAAACCAGGCUUAAGCAUAAAAGACUAUUUAACAACUUUUCACCGAAGUAGAGGUUGCUCGUGGUGGAUAUUUACCGAACCGUGAAGCGGCGAGAUUAAAUAUCAACUGCUAGUUUCCUCCACUGAGGUGAAUAGUUAACUACCAUGCCAUAGAUAACGGAAGAUAUUAGAUUUAUGCAGACCAUGUAUUCAAAACCGCUUCCCUCAACUGACCAAUCUCCAACUGCUCAGUAACUGAGAAAUGUUAUAAUACCUAAAAAUGAUAAAAUGAUAAAGUGAAAUUUACCGAAUCCCUCCCAUAAGGUUCUGGAGUAUUCCAAUAAUCCAUUCCUCCCCAACUCCAUUGGAAGUCAAUUUUCCACAGUCCACCAUUAAACUCUGUUCGAGACGAUUGAUUCCCCCUCUGUUUCCCUUUAAUACCACGUGAUCCCCUCCCCUCCCUCCCCCCCUCCCCCCCUCCCCCUCCCCCCCUCCCCCCGCCGAUAAAUAGAGACUGGUUCGUUAUGAUUUAAACUAGAUAAUUCUUUAUUCAUUUGUCAAAUGUCUCAAAUCUUUCCUUUUUUUUCACGAUUUCAAUUUGAUUUCAUCGACGCGGAAUAUUUGAUUCACUUUCACAAUCUUGCUUUAUUUUAAAAAACCUUCAGGUUCGGAAAGAGUUUAAGAAUGUGUACAUACGCUGGAAGACUAAGGACAAGACAUACGGGAUACAGAAACCCACGCAGCAUUUUGUAUGAGGAAUAAUUACCCUCUUUACGUCUCUGUACUUAACUCGCCCUCUUUCCUUAAAUGAGACAUUCUUAAUUCAUUGAUUCGUCCUCUCUAGGAAGUAUGUUCUGUUUUUCACUUGCUCUUCUCCCCUGUUUGACCCCAUUUCAAAAGAUCAAUUCAUGGUCUGCCAUAUUUUCACUCCUUCUCAUUUUUCAGCCAUUCUUUCAUCCGACCCAACCUCUCCCCUGUUAGGUAUACAGUAUUUCUUUGAAUAAGCACCCACGCCCUAAGAGGUGCUCUCCGCCGAAUAAGUACCCGCCCCUAGGCGCCCCCUCACCACCCCCCCCCCUUCACCUCGUCUCUUCCCUUCAUUUCCUCAGCUGGUAGGGAUACAAAGAAAAUCGCUUUCUUUUUCCACUUUAUCUAUAAUUUUUCAAGCUUCAACUGCAGCGGAAUCAGAACAGGAGAUCAACAAGCGCCCUCUUCGAUUAAGCGCCAUCCUUCCAAUAAGCGCAUUCCCCCCGCCCCUCCUUUGGCCGACAUUUUAAAUAACCGCUUGUUUGAGGAAAUACUGUUCGGCAAUUUUUCACUGUUUCAUCUCCAUUAUGAGUACCACAAUGUUAUCCUUCUCCCGCUUGUCACGUCGGUUCAAAAUUCAUUGUCAGCUACCUACAAAUGAAACAAGUAGGUUUCUUUUGACUCUUUAACUCUUUAACUUCCAGACUUGAUCAACAUGUAACUUCUCCCUGAGGUUCCAGUUUAUUAUCUUGUAAAUACGUUUUGAGAACAGUCAGUCUUAUCAGCCGGAGAGUAUCAUUCUGCAGUAACACCAAACUCUCCCCUCUAAUUUUCAAGGAAAUGUAUCGUGGUAAGAGGGGAGAAUUUCCAAUUGGAUCUUGAGGGUGAAAGGGUGAACUAACCUUUUUCUUUUCCCCUUCUUCCUUCCCACUUUUCAAUUCAUGCACUCUCCCUCCCCUCCCUGUUCGUAUUCGCAAGACUAUUCCAUUUCUCUGUAUUGAUUUCUUGUUUCUUUCUUCACCUGUUUAACGAAAAGUUCUGUUUCGGUUUUUUUUCCUUAGAAACGCUCCUAUCACUCAGGGGAGACGGCACCUCUCCGAUCCCCGUAUGAUUUUGACGACGAUGGAAACGCCAAUAGCAUAUCUACCACGGAGCCAUCCAGCAGCGGUUUCCGUAACAGUGUAACGAGUCGGUUCACCACAGACAACAGUAUCACAGAUGCUAUAGGAGAUGAAGAUACCGGUGCACCAGGUGUGUGUUCGAAAUAUAAUUUCUCUCAAAUGCGUUUAUAAAUUCUGCUCAGUCCAAGUAAUAAGAACGUGGUUUUAAAUAAAUUACAGUGAUUUCUAGUCAGCUUCAAUACCCUAGAGACCGAAGAAAAGUGCCCCCGCCAAAUCCUCAUUUUUUUUUCUUCAAUGAAGACUAGAUUUGUGCCCUACGAAGCCAAGUUUUCCUUAAUUACAGUCGUCCUACAAGAAAUGUUCCUUUGCAAUUCAAUUCGGUGGGGAGAAAAGAAGAAUCACCUAGAAAGUAAAUACAAGACUUAAAACACAAAAGCAAUCAGAGGCAAUCUCAAGCCACGAUCAUACAUGGAACCAGGCUAACUGGUUUAGGGCGGAAGGGGCUGGGCAUUGAUUGCUGUAUAGUGGAAUUUAUAAUUGCUUUUUUUCAAGGAACCAAUUCCUCUGAACCAUUUUAGGAAUGACUUAUGGCUUGCAGAAACUGCACGUUCUGUUUGUUUGUUUGGUUGUUUGUUUGGUUGUGUCGUCCAAGUCUUUCAUUUCGCUUAGCGAAAGAAUACGUUGUAAUGGAGUUAUUCCUCAUUUCUGGGAACUAAUUUUUGUUUGGUUGUUCAAAUUUUAGAUGGAAAAUCGCGAAAGGCCAAGUACCCUGAUAAUCCUGAACUUGGUAAGUCGUUUACAAUGCGUAAACUCAAACAUUUCUAUGUUUUAACUCCUUUGUAGUCAAUAUUUUGAUGGUCACGAAACGAAGAGGAAAAUAAGGGGUGAUAUUACUUCGUUACGCAAUAUUAUUGUGCAGCGAAACAUCUGUAACACAUCUUUGGUACAGUCAGUUAAAGGCUAACAAUCUUGUGAGUAUAUAUAGAGUGGGUAGCAUUAUAGGCGCACUCUGAUUGGCUACUCAAACUCCAAAUAUCCCUUGCUAAUCACCUCCGAGCAACGCGCGCGCGAUUUGCGCCCGGAAAGAUGGUAAUCGUUGCAGGAAGAAAUGCGUUCGGGUUUUUACCUAAUUAAUUAUGCAAAAAAUACAGUAAAAUUGACCAACUUUAAUGUGCUAGUGCUGAAGAAAUCGGUGGUGUUUUUACUUCAAAAUAUAAUUCAUUUGAUUUUUAUUUGUGGCACUUUUAGGAGCUUUGGUGUAAUUUUAAAAUUUUUUACAUGAUUUUUUAACAAAGUACUCUCAAAUGCUUGUUGCAAAAAGCGAGAAAUAAAGCAACUUCAAGCCUUCAAAACGCGUCUUGGUAUAUAAGAAAUCAUGUCAUGGUAUAUAAGAAAUUACAUGCGGGCACAAAGUUUGGUCCUUAUAUGAAAAUAAUAUGAAAUAAAAAAUUUGGAUGAUUCAGAAAAGUGCCGGUAAAAUAAAAGAGUUUGCGACGCACUGUGGCCAAGAUCAGGACGCAAACAACACUUUCACCUUUACCGGUAACCUUUUAACUCCCAAGAUCUCUUUAUAAUUCUUCUUACUGUCUGCCAUAUUGUUUUUUUAGAAGUUAGUUUGGGGAAUUUGGUAAUGGAUCAAGUAAUAAUACCUAAAUAAGCUUUUUCUUAUUCUCAUCACUUGUCUGCUUGAUAUUUUAUUGAUAUUAUAUUGACAUUGUAAGGAGAAAUUCUGUCUUGGUCACUCAUGGGAGUUAAAGGGUUAACCCCCUGUUACUAUCCAGUAUCUCAAGUGAUCUUGCGUUUUACUUUGAUGAUCUCAGAGUUAGUCUUCAUUUUAUAUUGAAAAAGUUUAAUACAUACAAGGAUAAGUAACCCUUCUUCGAAAUGUUUUUUACCCAGUAAAUCAUUUUUUUCUUUGUUUAGACUAGCAUUAUCAUUGUUGACGAAUGUAAGCUAGCCGUGGCAGUGAAUUUUGGGACCAAAGCAACCUCCUUCUCAUGUGCCGCAGCACGGCAGCUUCAAAUUAAAGAUGAAUCUGAAAAUUACAGGUAUAUUUUUAUAUAAAUGCACACCAUCAAGAAAGACCCUUGGAGUAGGCAGAGUGGCUGAGUACUUAGGGCACUGGCCACCUGCUUAGGGACUUGCCAAGUGCUUAGGGACUUGUCAUCCGGUGGUCCCAGGUUGUAGUUCUCCACUUUGCUACUCACUGGAUUUCUUUUCAGUUGCACUGAGUUCCACUCGUUGGGUUUGCUCUGUUUAAAGCCAAUUUGUCUGCCUUUUACUAGUUGAGGUUCUUAAAAACUGUGUUGAUGUUUAUUUACUGUGUUUAUUUCCGAUUUGUUUGAAUUAAUUAUUUCUAAAAUUUGUAAGCAAAUUGACAAUAGAGAAAUAUAUCAUACGAACUGUUAAUAUUGUUAUUGUCGUUAUAAGUAAUUGUUAUUAUUAUUGUUAUUAUUAAUUAUCAUCAUCAUCAGAGCUUUAGGUAUUUAUUAGCGGGUCAAUAUAUGCAACAAUUUUAGUAUAGUGGGUGACCUUUAUUGUAAGAUGUUUUUGACGAGUUCUUGACCCCAAGCAGUGAUUUUUUUGUCAGAUUACUUAUGUCAAACUGCUGUUGGAGCUCUCAUUUCUGGGAGUCAAAGGGCUAACUGUAAUCUUGAGGGCUAUAACUUCCUGAUCAGUGCUCUUUGAUCACAAGUGUACACUUUUUGCAGUACUUGACCUAUACAUAAUUCUAGAUAUCUACUUGCUUUUUAAAUUCACAAAAUCGUGUAUGGAAUGUUUUCGUGUUUGUAAUUAAAAGCGAACUGUAAAUAGUAACACUGUGAUCCUUUUUUUUUUUUUUUAGCCCCUUGCAUUUGACAGGCCCUCUUCUUCUCGGUGGGCUCGUGCCGCUACCAAUUAAAUUCCCAGUGCCCUACAAACAUUUUACUGGCUGCAUCAGAAAUGUUUACAUCGAUCACAAGUUCUUGGACCUCAGUCAGCCAUUGUACAACAACGGAACCAGUGCUAAAUGUAAAGCAAUGGGCAACACGUGCGCCUAUAAACAACCUUGCGGGCGAGGCACGUGUUUUAACUUACUUGGUACUCGCCGGUGUGACUGUCCCACUGGAUUUGAUGGAAGUCGCGGUGAAACAGGUAUUGAAUUUUUUUUUACGGAUAUGUAAGUAAUCUUUCCUCUCGCACUUACUUUAGUUUGAAGCGUUCGCAAGAGUACGGAAUCUUUUGAAAUAUUUUCAAAUACUUAGUAUCUAAGAUGCAGACAACAGUUCAUGAGUUGUGCAUGAUAAAGGACACCUUAUGAGCAUUUAAAUGUAUGCGGUUCCUUGUUAUGAAAAAUAUAUAGUCGAGUUUGUCUGGUUUAGUGAAUCUUCAAUUAAUAAACACACGUACUUAAUCACCGGUAUUUUUGCCUUGAAUUAUCGAUCCAUACCAGAUUUUGACCCAACAGUUCUGAGAAAAGAGCGAAAAAUUAGUUUUACUUUACAUCUGACGAAGAUCUGCUGGUUUCAAAAACCCUGUGAACAAUCCUCAGAGUUGAAAGAUUCCCUUCCUUAACGUUAAGGGCCGAGUUCCUCAAAUACUGUCUUCUGUUGUGUCAGCAAUUUCUGUUUCUUAACCCUUUCACUGCCAAGAUAUCAUCGGUAAUUCUCCUUACUGUCUGUCAUACAAUUCUUAUGAUGUUAGUUCUGAGGAUUUAGUAUUGGAUCAAUUAAUAAUUCUCUAAUUGAUAUUUUUCUUUAUUCUCAUCACUUGUCUGCUUGAUAUUGUUUUGACAUUGUGAGGAGAAAUUAUGUCUUGGUAAUUUAUGGCAGGUAAAGGUUGUUGUAACUCAGGUUAAUUAAUUUCCUAAACCCUUUAACUCCCUGAUCAAAUUUGUAAUUCUCCCUACUGUCAACCAUACAAUUCUUACGAUGUUAGUUCAGAGAAUUUAGUAUUGGAUCAACUAAUUAUUCCCAAAUUGAUGUUUUUCUUUAUUCUCAUCACUUACCUGGUUGAUAUUGUAUUAAUAUUGUAAGGAGAAAUACUGUCUUGGUCACUCAUGGGAGUUAAAGGGUUAAAUUGGAGAGAAAUUAUCCAGGCCUCCAGUCAGCGUUGAUUUUCUGGGAUUCGCAUUCCCCUAAAAUACCCCAGCUAAGGAGAACGUCAAUUUCUUAUCACGGGUUCUUUGAUGUAAACCAUUUAUACUAACUUCCUUGUUCAACAGGUGUGAAAUACACUGGGAGAUUCUCAAGACGGAGUUUUAAGAGGGUGCCUGCCAACUCAAAGGUCAAUCUUCUGUGGAGUGUUUCAAUGAGAUUCCACACAGCUAAGCCUCCAGGAACUCUGUUUGAAAUCUCAUUUUCGUCAUCAUCUUCGGUGCCGGAGGUAAGUUAUGUAAAUCAAGAUACAUUUUUUAAAAGCCAUUGAACGUUGAUAUACUUACGUGAACUUCGUUUCUAUUUCAGUUGGUUGAUGGUAAACUGUCGCACAACUACAAAGAGUUGUUGGUUCUCCAAUUGCCAGCGGUGAAUGAUACCCAGUGGCAUCACAAGUCAGACAUGAAUUAUCAAAAGAUGUAUUUGAAAUGUCGUCAGAAGAAUUGUAAUCUAUUCCAUUGGUGGCGUUACAAACCCUCCAGGAAAACACAGCAAAUUCUGUGUGCUGACAUGGAAUGACAUUUUUUGUCGUAGAUAGACGACGUCAUCUUACACUGCCCUUAUUUUAAAUUGUAAAAGAAGAAGGAGUAGAUGCAUAGGUUGAAAAAAUUUCGGACGGUAAAUGGCGAAGUUACGCCUAAGAACUUAUGGGUUUUAAACCUCAUGAACUCGAUGCCUUAGAACAAGGAGAUCCUAGAGAUUUUCUAACAUUUAUAUCAAUUUUAAGUAAAAUGGUAUAAUUCGCGUUUUUCAGAGCGUAGAUUUAAGGAAGGCAUAUCCACAGAUGAAGAACUGUUCUUAUUUGCUCAGGAAUUAGCCAAAGAAGAUCCUAAAAAAGUGGAAGAAUUUUUCACGAUUUUAUUUCAAAAAUGAAUUUUGUACAUUUUUUGAUUUUUUAAUAGGUGAGCUUUCUGAAGAAGAGCAUGCACAUCUUGCGCAGAGGAUUGGAUUAUCGUUGUUUAGGAGGUUAGCUCCACGACUAGGCCUAACUAGUAGUGAACUGGAAUGUUUAGAAAAC